GCCAGCGCUGCUCAGCGAAGCAGGUGAGUUCCGGACGUCCCGAAGGUCCCGGAGCGCGAGCAGCUGCGACGCUGGCUGCCGCGCUGGGCCGGUGUGGCGGCUGAGCAUCCGACCGGUGGCGUGCAGAGCCAUGCCGACGCCCUUCUGGACGCGCGCCUGGCGCCGGAACAAGACCCUUCGCUACGGAGUUCCUAUGCUCUUGCUGAUUGUUGGCGGUUCUUUUGGUCUUCGUGAGUUUUCACAAAUUCGUUAUGAUGCUGUGAAGAUUAAACUUGAUCCUGAAUUAGAAAAGAAAUUGAAAAUGUCCAAUAUCUCCUUGGAAUCAGAGUAUGAGAAAAUAAAAGACUCCACUUUUGAAGACUGGAAGAAUAUUCGAGGACCCAGGCCUUGGGAAGAGAGUGACCUCCAGGGACAAAAUUACAAAACUCUGAAGACUAAAACAGCUUGACCAUGAUGAUUUUUUUUAUUUUAAUUUUUAAAUUAAAAUGCUAACUGGAAUUCUCACUAUAUAUUGCUAUUUACUAGGAAGAAAAAUUCAGAUCAACAGAAGUCUGGUUAUGAGUAAACAAAUGGCAAAAUGUCAGGUAUAAGCUUUUAUACUCCCCAUGUUUUCUGUCUGUAAAUAAACAUGACAAUCUUGACUCCCUACAUUUUAUUCUGCUCAAUAAAAAAAUGUGAAUAUUAAAGAGUGUCAUUUCUUCUGCUCCCAA